AUGUCCGAACCCAUCCCCGAAUCGAUCCCCACGUCCGCCGACCCUCGCUCGCACCGUCCCGUCAAACGCGCCCGGGGCCCUCAGUCCAACACUGCAUCAUCUGCCCAAGCACACGAAAUUGACUCUUUAUUUCUCGACCCUAACAAACCAAUCACCCUUCCACCCGCCUCGAGCACUAAAAAACCCUCGUUGCCCGCCCCACCGGAGAUCGUAGCAAAUGUGCAGGGAUCCUCUGCAGGCGCAGGAUCAGGAGAGUUCCACGUGUACAAAGCUAGUAGGAGGCGAGAGUAUGAGCGUCUACGCAUGAUGGAUGAAGAGGCGAAGAAGGAAGAGGAAGACGCCAGGUGGGAGAGGGAGGAGAGGGAAAGAAGGAAACGAGAUGAAGAAAAAACGAGGAAGAAUCGCGAGAGGAGGAAUAAGAGGAAGAAUAAGCAGCAAGGUGGUAAGAAGGAUAACGGGGACGGUAACGGAGCUGAUGGCGGCGCGAGUGGGAAUGUUGAGAUUGAGACUGUCAAGGGGAAGGCUGGUGGUGGUGGGUUACAGGCUCCGAGACGCGACAGGGAAGAUGAUGAGCAUGGAAGUGGUUUUGGUGUGGCGGAGGUGGCGAAAGAGAAUGGCAUGACGAUUCAUGAAGAUGAUUGA